CGGAUCCCGCCCCCUCGUUCCCGGAAGUAGAAGGAAGCGGCGUUGCUAUGGCGGCGUCUCUCGGGCAGGUGCUGGCUCUGGUGCUGGUGGCAGCUUUGUGGGGCGGCACGCAGCCGCUGCUGAAGCGGGCCUCCGCAGGCCUGCAGCAGGUUCAGGAGCGCACCUGGGCCCGGCAGUUGCUGCAGGAGAUGAAGACCCUCUUCUUGAAUACUGAGUACCUGAUGCCCUUUUUUCUCAACCAGUGUGGCUCUCUCCUUUACUACCUCACCUUGGCAUCAACAGAUCUGACACUGGCUGUGCCCAUCAGUAACUCUCUGGCCAUCGUCUUUACUCUGAUCGUGGGGAAGGUCCUUGGAGAAGAUGUUGGUGGAAAACGAGCACUUGCAGGCAUGGUGCUCACCGUGACCGGAAUUACACUCUGCAUCGUAAGCUCAGCGAGCAAGACCCAAGCGCACCUCUGAAUGGGACGGCGGCACCCGCCAUGCUGCUGGGUGACUCCCGGAGCCCCUGGGCCACGAGCUGCAGGCAGAAGGCCUACCACUUCUCCCCUCUGAGCCUCAGCUUCUUCAUCCCUGAUGGGGAUAAUAGCUACCUCAUGGAUGGAAAUAAGAGAACAAGAGGAAAAAGGUUUUAUCUUUCAAGUGCUGUCCGCCGGCUGGGAUUUAGCACAAGAGACUUUGCCCUCGCCCUUCACAACCCUUCUGCUCCAGCAGCUCUCUUCCUGACACCAUAUUAGGCACCCAGCACGGCUAUGUUUCCUGUGAUCUGGACCAUCACCGCAUCAAGGAGGGACUGCUGAAGGCCAGUGGCUCCCUGAGGGCCUGCUGCAGUCUCGGAGCCAGAAAUGUAAACGGGGCCUCCAGGGCUCUGUCAGAGCGAGUUGGCUGGCCGGGGUGGGGCAGGGGAGGUGACUGGUGGAACCAGGGAAGAAUGGCAGAUAGCAGGAGCUGAGCUGUCAGAUAGCAUCGCUUAUUCCACCUAGGAGGCCGGUGGACAUCCUAUUUGCCUGGCCCUGAGACAGACACACUUGUGAGCCACAGCACUGUCUGACUGUAGCAGUGGUGCAGUGCCUGCCCAGUAAAAGCCUGUAAUAAAUAGGCAGCAAACAGA